AUGGAGAAGCUCUGGCAGCAGCAAUUCCAGCACAUGCAGCAGGUGCAGGAGCAGCUCCAGCAGGUGCAGCGGCAACAGGAGCUUGUGCAGCAGCUGCAGCAGCAGGAGCAGCUCCUGGAUGUGCAGCAGCAGCAGCUGUUGCAGGAGCUGCAGAAGAAGUAUCAGCUCCAGGAGGUGCAGCUGAUGCGUCGGUUCAAGCAGCUGCACCAAAUGCAGCAGGAGCAUUUCCAGCAGUUGCAGCAGUUCAAGGAGUGGCAGGAGCUGCAGCGGCAGGCGCGGCAAAUACAGCGGCAGCUCCGGGAGGUGCGCUCGCUGCUCCAGACCUCCCGGCGGCUGGUGCGGAUGCGUGUGGAGCUUCUGCAGGAGGCGCUGGACACCCGAGGAGACGCGUUGCUGGCGGAGUUCGAAGCCUCCAUCCCAGACUUUGUGAGGCGCGCGGAGGAGCUGGCGAAGCAAGUGGACCCGCGCCGGCUGGUCAUGACCCUGGCUUGGCAGGUUCUCACCGCGGGGCCCAUGAGCUGGGGCUGCGUGCUGUCCAUGGUGGUGUUUUGCGCGCUGCUCGUCAAGAACCUGAGGGCCUCCGGUCGUCUGGGCGACUCGGAGGAGACUUGGCCCUUGACGGACGCGGUGGCCGCUGUGCUGUUGACCACACGCAAGACCUGGCUCAUGGAACAGGGAGGCUGGGAGGGCUUCCUGCGAGCGUUCGGGCCGGGGACGCCCACCUAGGAGAGGAGCCGUAGACGCCGAGCUCCGACGGGCAGCGACAGUGAAGACGAGAAGAGAGACAGAGACUUUGGACUUGUACACAACUUUUAUUGCCGCCAGCAGCAACAGCACUGGAGGCGAUUCCGAUAUGAAAUACACAAAGUCACCAGCAAACAAACGAAUGAACGCUGUAAAUCCACACGCUGUGGCACU